UGACGCGAACUGCGGUUUGAGACCGUCUGGGUCAGCGUGAGGUCAUUGUUCUAUUUCAAUAUGGCCGCCGAGCGGAGUUCGAAAUAAGAGGUUUGUUUUCUUUUGUCAAGAACAGUAAUGGAAGAUUCCAGCUGUGAACAUUCUACUGGAGAACUGUGUGCUGCACAUCCUGGGAAGGAGAUGGACUGUACAGAACACCCUGGGAAGGAGAUGGACCAUCCUGGGAAGGAGAUGGACUGUACAGAACGCCCUGGGAAGGAGAUGGACCAUCCUGGGAAGGAGAUGGACUGUACAGAACAUCCUGGGAAGGAGAGUGACAGCAGGGAGACCCAGACAGCAGACAUGGGCCUGCAGCAGGAAACGUGUGAUGUGAACUUUCCCCAACCUGACAACACAUCAACCUCACAGGGACAGACGAGCAUAGGCAAUACGGGAGGUACCAUAUUUCUUGUACCUUGCUCACUUAUUCCCGUUCAGAGUAUGAUCAUCCCUGUCCAAGGUAUGAGUGUUGGGCAUCCUGGGAAGGAGACUGAAGGCAAUAUGGGAAGGAAUGUGCUUAGGCACACCGGUGAGAAACCCUACAUGUGUGGGGAAUGCGGAUACAGGGCGGCUCAAAAGUAUCAUUUAUCCCGACAUAUGAGAACCCACACAGGAGAAAAACCAUUCAAGUGCGACCAGUGUGACUUUUCUGCUGCACAGAAAUCCACUUUGGACAGACAUCUUGCAAAGGUACAGAAAAUAGGAAGGCAUGUGGUUGAACACACCAGUGAGAAAGUCUUCAUGUGUGAGGAGUGUAAAUACAAGACAUCUAAAGAAAAACGCUUUUUCAAGCACAUGAGAAUCCACACAGACAAGCCAUUUAAGUGCCACCAGUGUGACUUUUCUGCUGCUCAGAAAUCCAUUUUGGACAAACAUCUAGUGAAACACACCGGUGAGAAACCCUACAUGUGUGGGGAGUGUGGGUACAGAGCGGCUCACAGGUCCAACUUAUCCCAACAUAUGAAAACCCACACCGGAGGAAAACUCUACAAGUGUGACCAGUGCGACUUUUCUACCAUAUGGAAAUUCAGUUUGGACCAACAUAAAACAAAACACACUGGUGAGAAACCCUACAUGUGUGGGGAGUGUGGGUACAGGGCAACUCUAAAGCCUUUGUUAUCCCGACAUAUGAGAACCCACACCGGAGACAAACCCUACAAGUGUGACCAGUGCAACUAUUCUGCAGCACAGAAAGGUACUUUAGACCAACAUAUAGCAGCAAAACACAACGGUGAGAAACCCUACAUGUGUGGGGAGUGCGGGUACAGAUCUGCUUACAAGUCUGGCUUAUAUCGACACAUGAAAAGUCACACAGGAGAAAAACCCUACAAGUGUGACCAGUGUGACUAUUCUGUGGCACAGAAAUCCACUUUGGACAAACAUAUAGCUGCAAAACACAGUGGUGGGAAACCCUACAUGUGUGGGGAGUGUGGGUACAGCACAACUUACAGCUCAACCUUCUCCAACCAUAUGAGAACCCACACAGGUGAGAAACCCUUCAAGUGUGACCAGUGUGACUAUUCUGCAUCAAAGAAAUGUUAUCUAGACCAACAUAAAACAAAACACACCGGUGAGUAUCCUUACAUGUGUGGGGAGUGUGAGUACAGGACAGUGCGUAAGUCAAACUUUUCCGAUCACAUGAGAACCCACACAGGAGAAAAACCUUACAAAUGUGAUCAGUGUGACUAUUCUGCGAUUUUAAAAUCUUAUUUGAACAAGCAUAUAUCAAGACAGCACAAUGAUGACAAACCCUACAUGUGUGGGGAGUGUGGGUACAGGGCAGCUUGUAAAUCUGACUUGUCCAAACAUAUGGCAAAACACACAGGAGAAAGACCAUACAAGUGUGACCAGUGUGACUAUUCUGCAGUACGGAAAUGCCAUUUGGACGAGCAUAUAGCACGACACACCGGUGAGAAACCCUACAUGUGUGGUGAGUGUGGGUACAGGACAGUUAAAAAAUCACGCUUAUCUAUACACAUGAGAACCCACACAGGUGAAAAACCCUACAAGUGUGAUCAGUGUGACUAUUCUGCAGCACUGAAAAGUCGUUUAAAUGAGCAUAUAGCACGACACAUUGGUGAUAAGCCCUACAUGUGUGGUGAGUGUGGGUACAGGGCAGCUAAAAAAUCCCGCUUAGCCACACAUAUGAGAACCCACACAGGAGAGAAACCCUACAAGUGUGACCAGUGCGACUAUUCUGCUGCAGAGAAAUCCGCUUUGACCAGGCACCUUUUCAAACACAGUGAUGAGAAUCCCUUCACGUGCGGGGAGUGUGGAUUCAAGACGGAUAGCAACUCUCACUUAUCCCGACACAUGAGAACUCAUACACCGACAGGGGAAAAACCCUACAAGUGUGACCAGUGUGACUAUUCUGCAGCACAGAAAAUACGUUUAAACCAGCAUCAUCUCGCUAAACACACUGGAGAAAGACCACCAGUGUGACUAUUCUACUGCAGACGAAUCCACCUUGGACGAGCAUCUAAUUAUAAGAAAUCCCGUUUGUGAGAAACCCUACAUGUGUGGGGAGUGUGGGUACAGGACAACUCGGAAGUCUAUCAUGUCUGAACAUAUGACAAUUUAGCCAUUGAGUAUGUAAAUAAAUCAGUUUCAGUACUUAGGCAAAAAGUACUCAUUUUGUUUGUGUUAGAAUCAACUGUUUGUUUAUUUAUUUUCAAUCACUUUAAUUUGAAUCAUAUGCAUAUAGUUAAGUCAUGCUCCUGGUCUUUAACUAAGAAAUGGGUUAUUUAACUGUUUUUCUAAUUCAUCCAGAAUAAACUAACAUCUGAAACAAGUUACUAGUAUACAGUCAUAUACACCAUGUUGUGUACAUAGUAUUUUGAACACAUGUCAGUAGGCAUUUUGAUGAUCAAAGAACACACUGUCUGGCUAGUCUUCUAAACUUUUUAAGCAUCAAUUUUUUUUUACUCUAUUUUGUUCGAAAGAAUAACCUAACUUAUGCAACAAUAACAAUAUUGUUAUAGUAUAUGUGGUUUGUUUUUCCAAGGAUGUUAUUAUUAUUGAUCUUAGGCCUAUGAAGAAAAACGCUUGUUUCCUUUUUCAUUCCAGAAUUUUUUUUUCUUGUAUUUUAUUUUAAGGCUGGCCAAAGCUCUAGUGAAACAUAUUACAAUACAGUGAACAAAGUAAAAUAAAAUGCAUGAGGACACGAA